UUACUCAGUAUUACAUAUUAACAUAUUAUUUAGACAACAAUGGAUACAAUUCUGAAGUGUGAUUGACACAUUUUCAAACAUACACACAAGUAUGUUUAGUUUUGCACAAAUGUUAUCAAUUGUUUCAAGUAAGCGCACGUCUGUGGACAUGUUGAAGAAUACAUGAUGAAUUCAUAUCAUAUUAUAAGUGUCAAACUUAGUGGGUAGUAAAGAUCUAGCUACAAAUACAGAAAGAAUCAAGGUUAAUUUGACAACUGGAUAAGUGUCUGUGUAAUCUGUGCCUCUUGCCCUUACCAGUUGAAAGUGACAGAAAGCAUGGGUGAUUUUGGUGUGAUUUCAUACCUCGCUGAUGCGGAUGGGAACGUGAUUGUUGGACCUUCAACUCCUGUAUCCGCCUGUCGUUCAGCGAAACCAACCCCUGCAACCUCCACUCCACCAACACCAAAAUCAGCUACCCCGACCCCCAAAAAUCAAACACCAGUAACCCCAACUCCAUCAAUCCCACUUACUCCAACUCCUUCAUCCCCAGUUACCCCAACUUCAUCAAUCUCAACUCCUUCAACACCAACUUCAAUGACCCCAAUACCCCAAAAUCCAACCCCAGUUACCCUGACACCCGUAAAUCUAACCCCAGAUACAAUUCCAACUACACCCACUCCUCAGCCCUCCACUCCCACACCUAGUGAGAAAUCCAAAAAUGAGACAACGGAUGAUAAAAGGAAGACAACAAAGCAGGAAAGUGGGCAGGAUGAAUUAUGUGGGUCAGUUGGCGGGGCAGGUGUUGGUGACUGUGAAAGAGCUUUAUAAAGGUCUGAAUCAGGCCACUCUCUCCGGCUGUAUUGAUGUGGUGGUGAUUCAGCAGACUGAUGGCAGCUUUCAGUGCUCUCCCUUCCACGUCCGAUUCGGCAAACUGGGGGUCCUGCAUUCCAGAGAGAAAGUGAUUGACAUAGAGGUCAAUGGUUCACCUGUGGAUCUUCAAAUGAAGCUUGGAGACAAUGGAGAAGCAUUCUUUGUUGAGGAGACUCAACAGGCCAGUGAAACAAUCCCUGCCCACCUGGUGACAUCACCAAUACCGACAGACUCUGAUCCAGUGUUCUGGGGGCAGGAGUCUGCUGUGAUUGGUUCAGGUUUAGAGGUCGGAGUCACAGAGGAGGAGAGCGGUGUGGUGAAAAAGAAAAAGAAGAGGAAAAGAAAACACAGAACUACUGAACAGAGGAAAGAAGAGCAGAACACUCAUGGAGCAAAUCAGGUGCCAUCAUUUUCACCCAGUGAAGUCAGACAGACUCAUAGACUGUUAGACAGUUAUACUCUCUCUGAUGGAGACUGGCCAACAGACAGGAGUGUGUCAGAGCCCAGCUCUCCUAAAAGUGAUUCAGAAUUGAUGAUGAAAUCAUCAGAAAGAUCUUGUGAAGAUCACUCCCAUAUGCAGUGGACGUGGGGUGAGCUGCCUGAAUCUACUAAGAUCAGUCACAGAGACCGGGCGGAGUCUCUUCAGCUGUUGAGCAUUACACCAUCAGAAUACACUCACUUCAGGAUCAUUACUGAUGCCAACAGCAUGACGACCCAUUCGGAUCAGAGUCCACAGUCCUCUGAACACAUGUGUCCGAUCAUCAGACCUCAGCCCCAAACUCCUCAACUUGAAACAAGCAAACAUCAUCAACAUCUCACAGAACCUCAUUCCAUCAGACAUCACGUACAAAGAUCUGAAUCUCACAGCAGCACACUGGAGUCAGACUCUCUUACACCAGGACCACCCCAUCACACAUGCAAACUACAACCACACCUGCUGGAACAUCAUCCAAACAAAUUAGCUCAUCAUAUAUCCAAACUAGAACUUCAUAUUCCAAAAGCAUCAAAUCCAGGAUCAUGUUCAUCAGUGAGGGGUCACCUGCCCAUGUUUGUACCCCAAGCUGCUGCUCGUCUGCUGGGAGACAUGACAGAGAGCGGCCCAGAGUUUAACACUUCCUCCAAUCCAGAAUCAGCUUGCAAGAGGAAAGUUGUGAGGAAGAGGAGUCAGCACCAGGGUCCAGAUGACAUCUAUCUGGAUGAUCUCAAUGGCUUGGAACCGCAUAUAGCUGCUCGCUACUUCCCCAACAGUGAGUCAUCUGGAAGACACUGGGAUGAAGAUUAUAAUCGCUCAGGGUCUCAGUCACCACAGUCAAUAAACAGCACAGCAGCUGACAGCGGCACAGAGUGUUUAUCUGAUUCUUCCUCUGACCUGCCAACAGUCUCUCUGUCACUGUGUGGAGGCCUCGGAGACAACGCUCAAAUCAACAAAGAGAAAUUCCUAGAGCAUAUUGUCACAUAUCAGGAGUUUGCUGACAAUCCAGCCAUCAUUGACAAUCCAAACCUGGUGGUGAGAAUCGGCAACAGAUAUUAUAACUGGACAUUGGCAGCACCAUUGAUUCUCAGCUUGCGAGCCUUUCAGAAGAAUCUGCCCACGGCCACAGUGGACGCCUGGGUAAAAGAGAAAAUGCCAAAGAAGACGAACCGCUGGUGGUUCUGGAGGAAGAGCAAGUCACAGUCCAAAAAACAAGAGACAAGUGAUUCACUGAAUGCAGAAUGUCUUUCCCAUUCUGAUGAUAAAAGUCCUUCAAAGCAGGCUGUUGUGGACAGUUCCAGUGAUGAAGAAUCAAAGGAACUGAACUCGGCAGCAGAACCGUCUGUUCACACUCACUCAUAUAAGAAAUCACUGCGGCUCUCUUCAGAGCAGAUUGCUGGUCUUGGGCUUAAAGAUGGACCCAAUGGUGUGGUGUUCAGUAUCACCACACAGUAUCAGGGAACAUGUCGCUGUGAGGGAACCAUCUACCUUUGGCACUGGAGUGACAAGAUAGUCAUCUCAGAUAUAGACGGCACUAUCACAAAGUCUGAUGUUUUAGGUCAGUUUCUCCCUCAGCUUGGUAAAGACUGGACUCACCAGGGCAUUGCAAAACUUUACCACACCAUACAUGAGAAUGGCUACAAGUUCCUCUACUGUUCUGCACGGGCGAUUGGCAUGGCGGGCAUCACCAGAGGGUACUUGCACUGGGUCAAUGACCAGGGCACCAUCUUACCAAGAGGACCUCUCAUGCUCUCACCCAGCAGCCUGUUCUCUGCAUUUCACAGGGAGGUGAUUGAGAAGAAGCCAGAGAAGUUUAAGAUUGAAUGUUUGACAGACAUUAAGAACCUCUUCCCUCUGAACUCUCAGCCGUUCUAUGCAGCCUUCGGCAACCGCAGCAAUGAUGUGUUUGCCUAUAAAUAUGUUGGUGUGCCAUCAUGUCACAUUUUCACGGUGAACCCAAAAGGAGAAGUCAUUCAGGAGCAGUGCAAAAGCAACAAGACUUCAUAUAGUCAUCUAAGUGAGCUGGUGGAUCAUGUGUUUCCUCUGAUGGACAAACAGCAAAACUCUGCCUUCAUCUAUCCAGAAUUCAGUUCUUUCUGCUUUUGGAGGGAGCCAAUCACUGAAGUGUGUCUGGAUGAGCUGCUGUGACAGUGAUUGGCUGAGCUUGUUAAGAGCCCCUGAUCUUAUUGUUCAGUCUAUAAUGUGUAUAAAAGGACAAAACUUUGUAGUCAAUCUGUAGUUUCUUAUAAAGAAAGAUCACUACAAGUAUGUUCAAGCAAAUUAAUACAGAGCUGCUGUUAAAAACAUAAUUCAAUUUAAAGCCUUAACUAAGCUUAUGCUACACAGAGCAAAUGUGUAUUUCAAAAAUAGUGACGAAAGAGUUAAAGUACACCUAAUUUGUAAAGUAUUGUGGAUAAAUGUUGAAUAACGGUCAUUUUAUCUCCUAAAUCCUGAAAAUGCUUUUUGUGUAUAUGUGUGUGUGUGUGUGUGUGUGUGUGUGUGUGUGUGUGUGUGUGUGUGUGUGUGCAUUUUUCUAAUUUUAAAACAAUGUAUUUUUACAAAUUAUAUCCACAUAAUUAAGUGAAAUGUUCAAAUUUCAAACUGAAUUUCAAAACUUCUUAGUGUUUGGUAUGUCCCCAUUUCACUUGCAUGACAGUGUUUUUGUGUUUAACAUCCUGAGACCCCGCGUCCCCAUGCCUGGACAUUACGUUUUGGCUUCGCUAUAGGCUAUGCAUUAUUAAAUUUCAUUUAAACCAAAUGAUCUCAGUUCAGCUCUAGGCUGUCUGGGUAAAGGGUUAAACUUUCGACACACCAAGUCAACAAAACAACAUGGUGCCGAUCACAGCGGAGUUUGUCUUUGGGAGAAACACCAACAAAACUAAAUCUGGUAAGAAAACUAAUUAAGUUUUUACAUUAAAACCUGUUUGUGUCAAAAGAUUAGUCUCUAGUCAUCCGAUAUGCCAUUUUAAAAAUUAUCGCUUUAUUGCGAAACUCCACGCUGUUAAACACAAUGACCAUGUACAUAGACAAAAAUAUCCUAUAUUCACUGUGCAUUAUCACAUGGGGGGGCACUUUUUGGUUGUUUUUCCAAAGUUGGAGUGCCUAUAACUCUAGAUAUUUAGUCCGUGGACUAAAAUAUCCUAUAUUCACUGUGCAUUAUCACAUUGAGAAUCAAUGGGUUCAUCUAAAAGCUAGAAAAUGUGUCUUUCAGAGGCUUUAUAUGGAGUUAGGAUGAAAAUAAGGUGCAUUUCAAACUAAGACAGACAGCACACUGGAGGUUAUGCCAUUCCCUAAUUAGGGAGCAAGGGAGCAUCCUAUAACUCUCUAUGCAGCUAAGUGCAUUCACUCCUAACAUCCGGUCAAAAGUUCAGUUUCAGGCUGCAGAUGAUAUUUGGACCACUCAACAUGUUUGGCAGACAUGGGACAAUGAUAAUCAGUACAUAGAUUCAGAAUUUAUCAUUGUAUAUUUUUAUUUUAACAUGGUUGACAGUGAUUGGAUGAUACUGGCCAUUACUUUGAAGUUAUUUAUGUUAAUUUCUGAUGUAAUGUCUGUAAUGUCUCAAAAACAUGAAUAACCAACACUCCUGGAAACAUAAUAAACUAUUUGAUGAAUACAA